CAGCGACGGCAGCAGCGGUGGCGGCGGUGGAGGCGUCUCGAAGGAUGCGGCCCGAGGAACGGAAGAGGCAACGGCAGCGACUCGUGCUCGUGGAGUAGCCUUGGCCAGCGGUGGUUGGUCAGGCAGGUAGACCGUAGACGAGCAGGACCGAGGUGUGGGACUGUGGGCGCCUGGUCGGUGUCGGUGGGAGAGCGGCGACGCAACGCGACGCGACCGCGACGGCCAGUUCGUCGUUCGUCCCGUCCCGGGCAGCUUCACGCGCGCCAGGCUACCGGAGGCUACGUCCGCUACGUCCGUCGCAGACAUCGCAGUUCCUCGUUUCUCGUCCGUCCGGCUGGGUGUACGGAGAUAGCGUUCAACCGACAACGUUGUCGCGCGUCGCUCCCCCGGCUCCCCGUAGUCUCGCCAUCGACGCCGACUGACGCCGACGGCGACGCUGCUACGGCUACGGGGGCAAGCGAGAGAGGGACAGAGUGCGAGAGGGAGAGAGAGAGAGAAAGAAAAGCAGUGAGAGUGAGCGAGAGAGAGAGAGAGCGCGCGAGGGACGCGGAGCUUUCUCGAGAGAGAGAGAGAGAGAAAGAGAGAGAGACUGGCGACAUAACGAUGGCGACGAUAUCGAUGACUACGACGACGACGAUGACAACGUCGACGUCGACGGCGACAGCGAUGGCGAACGAGCCAAGGAAAUCUUAUCACGACUUGUGUCGCCUGUGCGCCUCCUACGACGCCGUUAGGAUGCACAUAUUCGGCCAGGAAGGCAAAAAUCGCCAGCUCGUCGACAAGAUCCAGACGUGCUUGCCGUUCAAGAUAAUUGAAGACGAUUGUUUGCCAAAAGUCCUGUGUUAUCGAUGUAUGUACAACUUGGAAAAUUUUUAUGACUUUCGGACUGCAUGUGUUAACGCAGCUGCUUGGUUGGAAAGAAAUAGGCCGAAGGAAGGCGCGAAUGACGAUGGCGCAAAUGACAGCGCACACGUCGGCGAGGUACACGCGGAGCUUCUUAAAGGGAAGGAAAAUAUGCCAGUACUUAUUCCGGAGGCACCAGUGGUCAAUCCUAAUGCGGCAUUAGGUACACCACCGAGAUUAAAUUCGGAUGGUGAAGCGGAUCCCGAGAUCGAAGAGAUUCUCGACACGAGUGAAGGUACGGAUGAAGCUACAGUAAUCGACGAUUCGGAAGAUCGACGAUCGGAAUACGAGAUGGCAUACGAGAUGGACAUGGAGACGAAUCCUAGCGACUUUUUGGAAAUGACACCAAUGGUAACCGAGGAAAAUGAAGAGGAGUGCGGUACGAACAACCCGAGUGCCGCGAAUACUCAAGAUACCGCGGUCUUUUCACAUACGCAGCCGCAAAAACAUGAAGUCUUUGUCUGUUCCCUAUGCAACAAAGCGUUCAGUUCCAAGGGUCACUUGUCUCUGCACGCGAGAAUUCACGUGGGUGAGGGUGAUGUGAUCGGCGAAAGAGUAAUCACCGAUGACCAUACUUCGUACCAACGACCAUAUCAAUGUGAUCUUUGUCAUAAAUCGUAUUCUACUGCGAAACAUCGCUGGGGGCACGUUUCUACGACACAUCGGGGACAUCCUGCGGUAACGUGUGCAUACUGUUCUCGCAUAUACUCGACGCGAUAUAAUCUUGAUGAGCAUAUAAAAUCACGACACGCUGGUCUACCGCCACCUCCGGAAUUGUCAGUCUCUCUUUCGCGCACAGAAACUCGUUAUCAGUGCCAAACAUGUCCAAUGGUGUAUACGGAUUUAGCAGAUUUCAAUGCGCAUCGGCAGAUAUGCACACAGGAACAACGUACAGAUCUGUUGGGGCAAACCGAAGCGCAGAACAAUAAGAUUUUCGCCGACACGUCCGAUAUUUCGAGUAUAUAUUCGGACGACGAGAACAAAGACUUCAGGAACGCCGAGGCUAAAUUGGCGAAAAAUCCGCAAUUAACUAUAUUGAAACAAGCGCUGACUAAAGGAGACAGUCUAAAACGAAAUUUUGACGAUGAUGGGUCGACAUCCAGCAGCAAGCCGAAAAAAAUAGUUAAGUCAGAGGAGGGCGAGACGAGUCCUCAGAAGAGGUGGUAUUGUGAAGCUUGUCCACAAAGUUUUACAUCGGUGGACAGUUUGAAGGAGCACGAGAUUAGGCACGAUGCCGAGAAACCAUUUAUUUGCAUACUGUGCAAGAGAGAUUUUGUUUUGAAAUCUUCAUUAAUUAGGCACAUUACAUUGUCACAUGGCGUUGAUCCUACUCCCAUCAUUGACAGUGAUAAGUGUUUAAAAACAACGGUAAUGCCUCAAAAUUGGAACGAUCGAGUGGACGUCAGUGUUUAUGAGCAAAGUGAAACGAAAGAACCACCAGAGCUCUCGUCAUCACCUGAGAUAAAUUUAGAAAAUGAUGACAAGGAUUAUAAGAACAAUCACGAGAAUAUAGAAAUCGAAACGGUAUUUGUAUGUGAGACCUGUAAGAGAGACUUCAAUGACCGAGCGUCAUUAUGGCUACACAUACGAGCGAUGCAUAAAGAGUACGCUGCAUUUACUUGUGGAGUGUGUUUAAAGAUGUGCUUUAAUAAUACGCAACUUCAAAAUCAUGUCUAUAUGUAUCACGGAAGGUCUAAGCUUUUAAUAUCGGAACAAAGAAGGUACAGUUGUACGAUAUGCGGUAGACAGCAUGACUCGAGAAAAAAGCUAAUCACUCAUGUCUCGAUACAUAAUGUUGAUCCUGCCUUCGAUCCUGCGAAUUUUGUACAAUUAAAUAGUAAUUAUUAUAAUGAAAACUUGAAUGGUAACGAAGGAAAUGAACAAGCAUUAGAUUUUGACGGAGACGAUGGCGAGAAGGUCGAUUGUUACAUUUGUUAUAAAUCUUUUCCGACUGAGGAUCAUCUUAUACGACAUCAGAGAAAUGCUCAUAAGUCUGACCAGAUAGUUUCAUUAGGAGAAGCUGCGGGUAGUGGAAAUACUCUUAGUGUCAAUGGUAAUGGCAACAGGGCGCAAUAUCAUUUAUUUUUUGUUUGCGAGGUAUGCGGUAGCUCACAUUCGAGCAAAUGGGAACGCUGGUUGCAUAUCAACAAUACGCAUAACAACGAAUCUUCUAUUAAAUGCGAAUGGGAAAAUUGCGGAAAGAUAUUCGCGACGAAGUCGUUGCGCAACGAGCAUCUCCAGCAUCAUGUGGUACAAGGACCCUCGCCUAACACUUGCGAGAUAUGUGGGAAAUUGUGGCCUACUCGCGUCGAUUAUUGGAAACAUGUGAUGGGCGUACACGCGGACACAGUGCCUCUAAUUUGCGGCGUUUGUCUGAAAGUAUUUUCUGACGUUAUGCAAUUAAGCGCACAUGUCAAGGCGAAACAUUGGCCACUAACCAGUGGUGAUUUCUGUUGUGAUAUUUGCGGUAGACCAUACUCCAAUAAAUCAAAGAUGUCUCGGCAUAGAAAGAUCCAUGGGUUGGAAGCAGCUAUGGACGCCGCAUGCGAUAAUAGCAGUUUCAAUGAAACGACCAAUGAAUCGGUUAAGCCUGAUCACAACAAUGGCGCUUCGGAAAUAGAAUUAAGUUGCGAGCAGUGCCCAGAACUCACCUUCACGACAUUGGACAGUUUGUGUAAUCAUCGACGGAUAACACAUGGUCUUUUUCCGUGCGAUUUGUGUAACAAAUGCUACGGCAGAACGUCGCACUUGUGGAAGCAUGUCAAUAGAGUGCAUAAAGGACACGCGGAUGUAACUUGUCCUUACUGCGCAAAGACAAGCGCAUCAAGGGAUCAUCUGGCAGCACAUAUUGCCAAAAUUCAUAGGUACAUGCCCGCAAUGGGUAAGGAUAAUCAGAACUGCGUUGCUUCCAAGUCCCUGAGUGUAGACGACGGUGUCUUGCAUUAUUGCGAGAAAUGUAACAAGGGAUUCCACAAGCGCUAUUUGCUCCGUCGUCACAUGAAAGGCUGUCAAAACUAUCGUAAAGAUCCUGGUGCAUUGUUAACUCGUUGUCGGGCCUGCGAGAGGAUAUUCAAGGAUCGUGCGAGUCUACAGAAACACAUUGAGAAUCAUCACAGCACGUACACUUGCCAUUUGUGUAACGAAACGAUCACUUCCAAGCUAGGUAUCAUGACACACAACCGCGUCAAUCAUAUGGAUCACCCGGAUCUGACGUGCGACCUUCCAAGUUGUAAAAAACUCUUUCGGACUAAAGAAGAUCUGGAAUCUCAUCGAAAGGAUCACAAGUAUCACAACAAUCCGAACGUUUGUGAUUUUUGCGGUGACACCGUGGAAAAUAAGCUGAAACUGAAAAUGCACGUAUUAUCGUUGCAUCGAAACGAGAUCGGAGUAUCCUGUGGUGUCUGCCUGAUUCCGAUGAAGGACCCCAAAGAUUUGAAGAAACACGUGGAAUCCGAGCACAGCAGCGUUCUUUCUAAUCCAAACACGUGUCAGGUAUGUGGCAAGCAAUAUGCAUCCAAGUGGAAGGCUUUCGAUCACACGAAGAAAUGUCACGGCAAGGUUUUCCUCACGUGCAAACAGUGUCUAGCGGUUUUCACGGAUGAAAACGAUAUACGCGAUCAUUACGAGUAUGUGCACAACGUUCCGAAGGACCAAUUAGCCAUUUUCGAAUAUAGAAUGGAUAUUGGUGCAAAGAGAGAGGGUUACGAGACUCCCGAUAUUAUUGUGAAGGAGGAACCGGAUGACUUGGAGUUCGACGAGGAAAUGUGUGACGAGAGUUCGAACGACUCUCGUAAACGUAGAAGAUCGCCAAACGACACAUACGACUGCGAGAUGUGUCCCGAGAUCUUUCUCAAUUCGGACACUCUUGCUAAACAUUAUCAGAACGUCCAUAACACCGACCCCGCCCGUAUGUUCAAGAAAUUCAAAAAAGAUAGCGAUAGCAAGCGCAAAAUGAAAAACAGAAACAACUUUGAAUGCAAGAAUUGCAAAAAGCAGUUUUCCACCAAGACCUUAUUUUGGAAUCACAUCAAUGUAUGUACACGGCGAAACUCGAUAGGUAGAUUUGACACCCCAAAUAAUGUCCCGACAUCAAUUCUGGAGUCUCAUCUGAAACAAAACAAUCAGAUUCAACGAGAAGAACUGUCGCUACCACCGACGAACGAAUCCAACUUGAACAUUCCCGACUUCAAUCUAUUCGAAGAUAUUAAUUUGCAAUUGUCGGCUCAGAAACCUGUGCCGAAUCUUAUGCCAUUGUCGCAGAUGAAGACGACAGGUAACAACGGCAAAUGCUCGAGAAAAGACUCGCGCAAGGUGUAUGACGAAUCGACCAAUACUGAGUGCACGUGCGAAGUCUGUGGUAAGCAAUGGCCCGCCAAGAAACAUUUGUGGCAACAUCUGAUUCGUUUCCAUCGCGCCGAAGCUGCCGUUACGUGUGGCGUAUGCUUGAAGCUGUGUAAAUCUUAUCAAGAUCUGGCCGACCACUUGAAGGCCGAGCAUGCUCCUGUUUUGUCGCCGGAGGGCAACAAUUUCACUUGUAAGAUAUGCGGUAGAUAUCACAACGCGAGAAGCAAAUUGAACUUGCACACGGGCAUCCAUAUUGGGAACCACCAGUGUCAAAAGUGCCUGCAAUUUUUGGAGAGCGAGGAAAAACUCACCGAGCAUACAACGAGCUGUAAUGGCAAAUCUGGGUUUGAAGAUCACGCAGUGGCGGACGAAGAUAACGCGAAAAACGAUAACGACGAAAAGGGUAGUUUAAUCGCCGACGAGACGUCGGUCAUCGAGGGAACAGAGGAAGCGGAUUUCGAAUCGGAAGGCGAAGGGAGUAGGGACAUUCACGAUGAAGAAAAUUCGGACAAUAGCGAAGAAGACAAUUCGGAAAAUAGCGAUGAUUCGGAUAGUGAUAGUAAUAGUAGUUCGAGCGAAGACGAAAACGAGAACGAAGAUGGAGAGGAAGAGGAGGAGGAAGAAGAAAAUGAAAACGAUAAUGAUUCUGAUACAAGAUCCACUAGUCGAGAGAGCGGCGAUAGUGUAUCGUGUAAUUCCGAUAGCGACGACGAAUCGGAUAUGGAUGACGCGGAAGUGAACGCGACGGAAAAUAAAGCGCUACAAUUGAGCGAUAUCGGUAGAUUCAGGAUAUCCGGUGACGGUAUUCAAGAGAAUAUGCCGAUGGAGAAGAAUUCCAAGGAUCAGAAAACCUAUCUUACGUCCGUUACCUCAGCGACGGUUGCAGAACAAACGGUUGCUGGACAAAGUAAUUUGAAAGAUCUGUUGAUUCCCAAUGCACCUGCGAACAUGGACAAAUUUGAAGCAUUUCGUCUCUGGGAAUCCGCUAAAGCUGCGGCGAACGAUGUAGACUUGUCUGUGUCUGACGAUAACGAAGACGAGUGUGAUAACGAGGUAGACGAUGAGGAAAAUAAUGAUGAAAACGAGGAAGAAGAUGGUGAAGCUGGUGGCGAAGAUGAAGACGAGGAUGAAGGUGAGGCUGAGACUGACAAUGAGACUGAGGCCGAUGAAAGUGAAAAUGAGAACGAAGCCGAGAAAGAGGAAGAAGAGGAGGAAGAGGAGGAGGAAAAUGAAGAUGAUGACGACGACGACGAGGACGACGUCGGACCGCCUGUAUUAAGUCCAAUAAUGCCUUUGUUACCAGAAAAUGAAUCUGAGGAGCACAGCGGCACGGCAGAUCGCACGAGGCACAAGCUCAGUCCGAUGGUUUCGCUGAGUAUUACUAAAGAGGAGUGUGAUCUGGAGGAGUGUGAAAUGACCGAAAUGCCAAAUGAUGUGGAGAACGUAUCCAACGCAGCCAACCUCUUCGCGGCUAAUAACAACGAUCUGCCCGUAACGUGGGACGAGAACUUGGAUGAUAACGGAAUCGACACGGGCGAUUGCAACUCCGACAUUGGAGACAGGGAUAUGGAGAAAAACGAGGAAUUCAGUAAGGAGUAUAUCAAAAUAGAAGUGAACCAGAACGAUGCUUUUGAAGAGAAUUCCGUGAAAAACGAGGAGGAAUUCAGUAAGGAGUAUAUCAAAAUAGAAGUGAAGCAGAACGAUGAUUUUGAAGAGGAUUCCGCGUAUGAGAACGUAGUGGAUAAUAGUAGAGGUGACGGAGACAAUCAAGUGCACGAGGUGCAUAAUCUGGACGGAGCUGUGCUAAUGGUGACUACUAAUGAGGGUAAUCAGAUUUUGAUAGAACCAAACGUGUUGAAUAUGGAUAACGAGGACUCUAAUGCCGAAGCAACGCAGUAUAUUUACCCAGAAAACGCUUACGAGAUCGAGGAAGAGGAUUAUGCGACGCGAAAUGAAACCGACGUCAUGCAGACGGAUGAGAUGCAAGGCAGUAUGUCCUACGUUCAAGAUACAUCGGAGAAUGAGGAUAGUACGGAGGUUGACAUCGAGGAGUACAGCAGUGACGUGCAGAAACAGUAGGACACGAGUGCCAAAACUGAGAGGAGAUCUAGAAUAAUAAAUCUGUAAUAAAGUGUAAGAUAACGUAAUAUGGAUGCUUGGGACUUGAGAUUCUCAACAAAAGAAACGACAUAUGUACCUUGAAAAACGAUCACAAUAUUGUAUAGUAGAGUAAGCUUGUAGCUUAUAGCUUUGGAGGAUUUUUGAUAGACUGCGUAAAAGAGAAAGAAGGAGAGGAGGAGUAAGAAAGAGAAAUCACGACGAUUUACACGUUUCGUUUUCAUUGAUCUGCCAGAGGCUUUGCAUUCACGAGACUUGCGGCAACGUUGCAAGCUUCCAACUAAUCGUUUCGAAAGGUAAUAUAAUUUUGAAUGAUUAAACAUUGUACUAUAUACAUAAGGCGUUAUUUAGAUUAUUAUGAAAGCUACAAUUUACAGGAUCUUUUUUAAUUUCCGAUAUUCGACGGAUAUCAACGAUUCGUUAUGGAAUAUCGUUUAUUUAUAUCGGUAACACUUUGUUGAGACAAUAAUAUAUUCUCCGACUAUUCCCGCCAUGUUCACGUCAAAUGCCAUCCGUUAGACAAUAGGACACAAAUUUAUGAACUUAAUGAUAAUUUAGUCCUAUCUCAAAUUUAAAAAACGAUGCUAAGCAGGAUCAAAAUCUACGAAUCGCGUUACAAUCAAAUUUCUUUCUUUCUUUUUUUCUUAAAUCCUAUAAUUUUUUCUUUAAAUGAUGACUCUAAUCAUUUGUAAACGUGAAGUGAGAAGAAAGUAAGUAACUAUGCUGAUUGUUACAAAAAAAUGGCACGAAGUGAACGUCAAAAGACGUUGUAUAAAACGCGUUGAUUUUAAUGCUAUUACUGGUAUGCGAUUACACGCUUGUCCGAUUUCUCUAAUUAAAAUUUUGCAAAUCGACUUUCUAUGUGUUUUUCUGUGCAAAUUUAUUCUAUCAACGAACGAUGGCAGAACUAUACUCAAACUUGAAUUAUCGAAUUAGAUGCGUAAAAAAAAUUGAGUAUAUUAUAACGGAAAUAACAAAUACUAUCUACGUUUUAUGUCAAGACAGAUUUAGCAUCCUAUCUUUUAGGGUUCUUUUUCUUAGCGUAGCGAAGAAGAAGCGAUAAUCGUGCACACUCGCUAUAUUUUUUAUGGAAGUGAAGACAGAAAUAAAAGAGUUUUAUGUGAAUAAUAGCUUUAAAUGAUCAAUCUGUACAGUUACGUAAUGUGAGCGUGUUUGUACAUGAGCGAGUGCAUGCGUGUAUGUCGAGAACGAUACAGACGCGACUGAAGACUUAUAUAUUAAAGAAAGAAAGCGUACCUCGAUUUAAAAUAUUAACAGUUAGUUGAGAUUAAUGCGAUGGUAAUUGCUUUGUAUUAUAUCCUAAUUUAACCGUCUUGCAGAUUUUCUCAAUUAUUCGAAUAGUCGAAUUUUGUCAAGUAAGAAUCGCGAAUAUCAACGGGAGAAAGAAUCGUUGUAUCGUGUUUGGAUCGAGAUCUUUUUUAAUCUCGCAGUUUUUUAUGGAUGCGUAGUGACGAAAAAUUAGAUAUAAAAAGUUGAUUUUUAGAAAUAGAUGGUGUUUAUCUUUAUCGAUUUCUAACAUGUCAGCGAUCUCUUUUUUUCCUUAUUAUUUAUUAUAUUCAUUCCAAAGUAAUUUCUAAGAUACAUUAUCUUCUUAUGAAGGAUAAUUACUGAUUUGCCAUGCGUAUUAUGCGAUUGUAUGUGAACGAUCUACUUGGUACUGCAGGGGGGGGGGGAGGAGAAUGAAAUUGGAAUGUUAACGGUCAUUUAGAGAAAUAUUUAAAUAUCGUAAAUAUGAAAAUUUAUAAUAUCUUUAAAUAUUAUGAUUUUAAAAUUCAUAGUAUUUAUAGAUAUAUGUAUAUUGUUCCAGUAUUGUUCCCACGUCAUUUAAAAUCGUAUUCUUUUUUUUUACAUAACAAUUGCUAAUAUUUACAGAUUAGUGCCACUAAAUGCGACUAUUGCUGCAUUUUAAGUUUAUAGAGAGAAUGAUUAUAUAAGAAUAAAAUACAUUCACAAUUUAUGUACUACGAAUGUAUGGUUAUUUACAUAUUCAAAUGAAUCAUACAUGAAUUUGCCUUACACACGUAUGCAUGAAAAUCGUUCAGUCUGGAAGAACUUUUGAUCGUAUUUAAAAAAUUAACGAGACGGAAAUGGAGUCAAUGUCAAUGAGUAUUACUUCCCAAGUUUUUUGCUCUGCACGAAUGGAGCGUGAAUCAUAUGUAUUGUGUAAUACAGACAUGCGAGGACGUUACAUGUAUAAUUUACCAUAAAUUAUCAUUCAUAUAUUUGUUCACAAUUCUCAGAUUACAAUAAUUAUUCUCCAUGUGUUUUUGCA